UUGAUGCAGGUCUGACCUUCAUAGAAGUGAACAUGUUCGCCAGGACUAGCGCGGCGGUGUUCCUCCCACAAUGUGGGCAGGUCAGGAAUAUGGCUACCCUGAAGGACAUCACUAUCCGGUUGAAGUCUGUCAAGAAUAUCCAGAAGAUCACCAAGUCCAUGAAGAUGGUGGCCGCAGCUAAGUACGCCAGGGCAGAGAGAGCCUUGAAGCCGGCUCGUGUCUAUGGCACCGGAGCGCUGUCUCUGUAUGACAAGGCUGAGAUCAAGGCUCCUGAGGACAAGAAUAAGCACUUGAUUAUUGGCGUGUCCUCUGACCGUGGGCUGUGUGGUGCCAUCCAUAGCAGCGUGGCCAAGGCCAUGAAGUCUGAGAUUGCCAAGCUCAGUGAUGCAGGCAAAGAGGUCAUGGUGGUCAAUGUGGGUGAUAAGCUUAGAGGCCUGCUCUACAGGACCCAUGGCAAACACAUCUUGAUCAACUGCAAGGAGGUGGGUCGCAAACCCCCCACCUUUUCUGAUGCCUCAAUGAUUGCUACAGAGCUGCUGGACUCUGGUUACGAGUUUGACCAAGGCACCAUCGUCUACAACAGAUUCAGGUCUGUCAUUUCCUACAGGACAGAGGAGAAACCCCUUUACUCCAUGGAAACAGUUGCUAACUCAGAGAACAUGGGUAUCUAUGAUGACAUUGAUGCUGAUGUGCUGAGGAACUAUCAGGAGUUUGCCCUGGUCAACAUCAUCUACUAUGGGUUGAAGGAGUCCACGACCAGUGAGCAGAGUGCCAGGAUGACUGCUAUGGACAGCGCCAGCAAGAAUGCCUCUGAGAUGAUUGACAAGCUGACUCUGACCUUCAACCGUACCCGCCAGGCUGUCAUCACCAAGGAGCUCAUCGAGAUCAUCUCUGGAGCUGCCGCUCUAUAAAGAGGAACCUUGCCGACCUUCAUCGCUGUGGUUCUGGCGUACAUGCUUACAGUUCUGCCAUCACCUGGUGUCUAGUUCGAGUAUUUGUGCUUAUAUUUGUAAAAUAUCAGAAAAUAAACCUCUUACAGAGAAACAUCA